GCAUACCCGGCAGAGCCGAGCCAGGCCCAGGCCCCUGCCCCUGCCCGGCCCUCAGCCCGCCGCCCCUCAGCCCGCCCCCGCCCGCGGGCCCCCCUACAGCGGCCUCGGCGCCCCCCCGCCGGCGCCCCCAGACUCAGGACUCCAGCACCGAGGCAGGAGGCAGGGAGCAGAAGCAGAGGCAGGAGAACGAGGAGGAGGAGGAGGAGGAGGAGCCGUCGCAGGAUGAAGGAUCGGACUCAGGAGCUGCGGAGUGCGAAAGACAGCGAUGAUGAGGAGGAGGUGGUCCAUGUGGACCGGGACCACUUCAUGGAUGAGUUCUUUGAACAGGUGGAAGAGAUCCGGGGCUGCAUUGAGAAGCUGUCAGAGGAUGUGGAACAAGUGAAAAAACAGCAUAGUGCCAUCCUGGCCGCCCCCAACCCGGAUGAGAAGACCAAACAGGAGCUGGAGGACCUCACUGCAGACAUCAAGAAGACGGCCAACAAGGUUCGAUCCAAGUUGAAAGCGAUCGAGCAAAGCAUUGAACAGGAGGAGGGGCUGAAUCGUUCCUCUGCGGACCUGCGCAUCCGCAAGACCCAGCACUCCACACUCUCCCGGAAGUUCGUGGAGGUAAUGACUGAAUAUAACGCGACCCAGUCCAAGUACCGCGACCGCUGCAAGGACCGGAUCCAGAGGCAGCUGGAGAUCACUGGAAGGACCACGACCAACGAAGAACUGGAAGACAUGCUGGAGAGUGGGAAGUUGGCCAUCUUCACUGACGAUAUCAAAAUGGACUCACAGAUGACAAAGCAGGCACUGAAUGAAAUCGAGACAAGGCACAACGAGAUCAUCAAACUGGAAACCAGCAUCCGUGAGCUGCACGACAUGUUUGUGGACAUGGCCAUGCUUGUGGAGAGCCAGGGCGAAAUGAUUGACCGCAUUGAGUACAACGUGGAACAUUCCGUGGACUACGUGGAGCGAGCCGUGUCUGACACCAAGAAAGCUGUGAAAUAUCAGAGCAAGGCCCGGAGGAAGAAAAUCAUGAUCAUCAUUUGCUGUGUGGUGCUGGGGGUGGUCUUGGCGUCAUCCAUUGGGGGGACGCUGGGCUUGUAGGCCCCCCACCCCUGUCCCUCCCAGACCCUUCCCCACCACAUCGGGAGCAAUACCCCCACCACCCCUUCACUCCAUCCCCUGCUCCAGGCUCACCCUCAAGACAGACCCGGGCAGCACCCGCAACCUUUACCGCCUGUCAGACCCUGGAGUCCCUGGACCUCCCCCCCGCCAUGGACCACCCCCCGCCCCCGCACGUAGAUAGCAGCAGGCGUGAUUACACGUGCACACCAACAUGCAUGCCGCCGGCACAUGCUCGAGACGUGUGGACUCCCCAGCGUGUGUGUGUGUACGUGUGUAGAUGUGUGUAGAAGCACCGAAUCGCCCUCUCUGCCCCCACCUCAAGUCUGUGUGUCGUCUGAGCUUUCCCCCUUCCCCUGGGUUGUUGUGUAGACUGUGGCUGGGUGUGACACAGCAGCCAUCAAGCCCCACUCUUCUGUCUUCUGUGAAUAGGGGUGUGUGUGUGUGUCUGUGUGUGUGUGUGUCUGUGUGUGUGUGGCGCCACAGAUCCGUGGACACACAGUUUGCCUACAUGGAAUUUUGUGUUUGAGUGUUUAAAUCCAAUGUAACAGCACCUCCUCCACUGACACCCCCCCUCCCCCAUGUCUGCUACAGAUGGGGCAGGUUGUGAGUGUGCAGAGGCUCACACUAACAUUCCCAGAGGAUCCAGGCACAAUACACACACAGGCCAUGGCAGACACCCCAGCGUGAUGUUGAGCAAACCCUCCUGGCUUAGUCACCCCGGGACUGACAUGUCCUGGGGAACAUGUGUGUGUGUGUGGAGUUCAGUCGAGGCGAGUGGAAGAAUACACGUGUCAAUAACCUAGCUUGGCCUGUAUAUCCAUGUGCAUUUCCCCCAAUAGGUGAUGUGAGGGACGUGUGUGUGUGUGUGUGUGUGUGUGUGUGUGUGUCUAGGAUGUGCCUGAAGUGUCAGUAGGUCUUCUCCUGAGACAGAGCCCUCCACAUUUUGCACUGGACAUCUGUUUUGGGUGGGCACAGAAAUCUAUAUUUCUACGCUAUCUAGAGUACGCCUGUGCGAGUGUGUGUGUAUGUGUGUGUGUGUGUGUGUGUGUAGAGGAUUUCUACGUAGUGUGUUUCUAUCCCCCUGUGUAUUAUACACACACGUUUACCUUCAAGGACCUGUGCCCCAUCCAGGUUUGUCUAUCCAGAUUAUUUGCCCCCUCCCUUUCUCCCCAGAGCUGCUGGCCGCUAUCUGGUGUGGCCACACACUGCUACAUCAACGUUGUUCAACUGCAGCUUCCUGCCCUGCGUGGUUGGAUCCCCUGUGCAUACAUGCCCACGUGCUUAUCUUUCUCGGUCAGAUAGGCCUGUACAUGUGGAAGCUGGGACACCUCAGUGUGCUCCCACCCGCCCCGGCAGAUGAGGCCACACCCAGGCACACACAUGCACACAGGAGCCGGCGUAUGCUGACGCUGGCGCUGGCACGGUGCCUGUUCAGGCGGGCACUCGUUUGCACAUGAAUGCCUCCCUAUUGAUGGGAAGGGCUAUUGAUGGGAAACAUUACUGAUCACGGGAAUGUCAAGGGCUAUUGAUGGAAGGGCUAUUGAUGGGAAGGGCUAUUGAUGGGAAACAUUACUGAUCACGGGAAUGUCAAGGGCUGCCCCAGGCUCUCAGAAAUAACCUUCUUGAGCACUAACCUCAGAACUGAGAGGCCAGCGAUGGUCCCCACCACCCCAUCUGAUGCUCUGGCCUUUGCCUCAGGAACCUUGGAUUUAGGGAACUGUUUAUUUCCGACGUACUGGAGUGGUCUAAGUCCUGGGGCCCAUGCCCUGGACACAUGUCCUGCUGAAAUGUCACCAAUAUCUGUUCCCCUGCAGGCUGAGACUGAGGGUGGGACACGGGCCUGAGUUUCUGACGGUGAGGAAGAGGCCAGCUCCUCCCUUGCUGCGUAGACAACAUAUGCAUCAGUGGGUUUGUGCGAUGGGUGGCAGGUGGGAGGUAUGUGGGCAAAGGACAGUGUUAGAAGCCUCCCACUCCACUGGCCCAGGAACACAGACCCACAUAUACAGGAUUGAACACACAAGUACAGAAAUGCGCCCUGCCUUGGGGUCCGACAUCCGUGUGCACAGGGUGGACUUUGGUGUGUGUGCAGAUCGUUUCCUGGAGUCCCUCUUCAUGUGAAGCGUGUAUGUGUGAGAGAGAGACAGUGCAGAUGUGACCUUCUGGAACAUAGUACCCCACUCCCACCUCAGCUCAGAUAGCCAACCUCUUCCCUACCUGGCUGGGCCCUGCCUGUGUGUGGCCAAUAUAUAUAUAUACAUAUAUAUACAUAUAUAUAUAUAUAUAUGUACGUAAACCCCAAGGUGGGCUGUCCGUUCCCACAGUGCCCUUUGUCAGGACGGGAAGUUUGCCCCCGUAUCUGACUGCAGCCCUCCUGCUCCCACUCAGGCUUCUUUGGGGACAUCAGAGCAGGCCCCAGCACCCCCCACCCCAGCCUUUUUCCUUCCUGUGGUCCAGCCAGGAUACCCUUUCAUACCAGGCGUUUCUGGAAUUCCCACAGCCUUGGGGCCACAAGGAGAAGGGUGGAGCCAUGGCUGGAGUGAUGCAACCGCCUCAUUGACUGGUAUUAGGCCCGUAGCUGCCCAUCUCUGGGCCUCAGAUGGACCAGAGCAUCCCUGAGGGUCUGUUCUGCCCCAGCUUCUCUAAGUCCCACACAUCACAUGAUGUGUUUGCUUGUUGGCUGCUGUAUCUGUAUGUGUCCUGGAAUGUUGUCUGGGGGCUGGUAUCUUUUGCAUGUUCUCAGACAAGUGUGUGCUGCCCGCCCGCCAAGCACCUACAACCAUCAAGCCCCUGUGUGCCCCGUGGGUGGUCCCGGACCUGGCCAGGGCUCGCUGCUUCCCCUCCCCCUUUCUCCCUCCCCCUGCCUCUCACGAAGCACACUGCGUGUCCGUCCCAUGUGCCUGUGGGUUGAUGUGCGCUCUUGCCACGCCUCGAGCGUGCGUACAUGAUGUGUUCUAUGCAUUCACCCUGCCCCAUUCCCAGCCUGCCCCGCAGAGGACAAGAUGGGUGGCCCCCGGCUCCCUCCUCCCCCACCCCGCCUGCUGUGCAGCCGUGUGCGUUGGCGUUUCUGUGUCGCUGGCGUGUCACGUGAUAUAGCCGUGUUUGCUGACAUGAGCCCCUGCCCCUUCUGUUUCUCCGUUGGUUUCUAGAGCUCUUUCCCUCUCCUCCCCAGAGGGAACAGGACUCCUGGGGCCUGGCUGGGGGCCAGAGCCAGGCCACCCUCUCCUGUUAGCCCUCAGAGUCCCAUUUCUCUCUAUUGGUGACCAAGUUGCAAAUGGAUAAAACACAGGAAAAUUCUGCCCCCCUCCCAGCCCUGCAUGUCCUGUCCCCAGAGCCCCUCACCCCCACCCCGGGCCGGGUCGGGCCCCGUGGGACGGGAGAAAUAGCAACCAAUCCAACAGCGGG